AUGACGGUGGCUGUAGCAUUUGGUAUAGCCAUCACAUUGUUCACCUUCACGUUGCAUCGACAGGAGGAGAUUUUGUACGACGCCGGACUCUCUCCAUUCUUUGCGUGGCUCAUCGCUGUGAUUUUCGUGAUCAUCGAGAUUUUUAUUCUCACUAUCGUUUUCGCUCUUGUAACGCUCGAGUGGUUCAAGGACAAAAUUUUCGCACACGUCUUGAUCAAACGGGGGUAUCGUGAGCUAGUGGAGAAUGAGGAACGCCACUCGCCAUUUGUGCGUGUACUCACUUCCUGUUGUCGUGUGAGUAUUCUUCUCCGCCUAGGCCUACUGGUGAUUACUCUCCCUCUUAACACAAUCCCCGUGCUGGGAAAUCUCGCGUAUGCGUGGCUUAAUGGCGUACUCAUGGCUUGGGAGGCGCAUUUGUACUAUUUUGAGAUGAAAGCCUUCGAUUUUGAUCAGCAAAAAGAAAUUAUUGCGGAGCGAAAGCUCCAAUACUCGAUGUUUGGCAUGCAAGCAAUGCUUCUAGAGAUGAUACCGAUUGCUGGCGCAAUUUUUAUGUUUACGAAUGCUGCGGGUGCCGCGCUGUUUGCUGCUAGUAUCGAAAAGGAAUUAGAGAAUCAAGGUGGAUGGCGCUGGGGAAGCAAAGACAAUAGUAGCGGCAAAAAUAUUGAGAUGAACAAUGUCCCGCUUGCUAACAAGAUUGGCACGUAUGUGGCACCUUAUGGCAGUACUUUGAAUUGGUACGUGACUGAAAUGAUUCAUGAGUACGUGACUGAAAUGAAAGAUGAAUUGAAGAAAGCUACUGCGUUAGUCAUAUAUAACACUUUAAUCGUACAAAUAAAAUUUCUACUUGUUAGUGACUCGGCCACGUUUGAGUAG